AACAUUUUUCUCCUCUCUUCAUUUUCUCCUCCAGUUCAGAAGCUCUUGUAUUCUUUAACUUAUUGUAGUAUUGUUCCUAUAAGUUAUGGCGAGCCAGCAGCAUUACUACCCUCCUCCGCCCGGCGCGACACAGAGCUCACCAGCUCCUCAACCGCAGCAACAGCAACAUCAAUAUGCGCUGCCACCGACCUCUCCUCCGGCUAAUCGCACACAAUUCUAUCCUCCUCCACCUCAGCCUCAACCUCAGCCUGGACAGGCUGUGAACUACCCUCCUCCUCCUCAACAUACACCAUCUCCCCAAGUUCCCCACCAGCCGACGCCGAUUCACUAUCCGGCUCCUCCCCAGGCUCAGGAGCAGACUCCUUCUCCACAAGCCAAGCAUCACUCUCAUAGUUCCUCUCAGGGCUACUAUCCUCCUCCUCCAACUUCGGCACCAGCGUAUCAACAGCACUUUCAGCACAACCUGCCUCAGGCAACACCUCCACCCCCGCAGAAUCAGUAUCAUGCGCCGGGCCAACAGAGCAAUUUGGCCAUGAGGCCUGGGCCAACUCCUCCAGCAGCGACUCCCCAGUCUACUCAGCAGAACUUUGAACCUCCCCCGCCAGUAUCCUCUUUGGAUGAGAACCAAUAUCCCAUUGAGAAGCCCAAGCAGGAGCCGGAACAGCAGCCUGGAACAGCAGUUGCAAUGACUGUGUCUGGGGCGCCUGAGGCAGGUCAAUUCGUUGGGGCAGUGGCCACAUCUGAUGACGUUGGAACAUUCAAUGGUGGCAGCUACCGUAUUAGUCACCGCGAUACCAACACAAUUCUCACUAUCCAGCUCGCAAUGGGCUGCCCCAUGACUGGCAAGCCAGGUGCAAUGAUCGCCAUGUCUCCCUCAGUUACUCUGAAAGGCCAAAUCAAGUUCAGCAUGAAGAAGAUGAUCACCGGAGGUGACAUGUCAAGUUCGACAUAUAUUGGUCCAGGAGAGAUUCUUCUUGCGCCCCACAGCCUUGGUGAUAUCACUACCCUUCGCCUCACAGGCAAGGAAGCCUGGUCCGUAGGCCACGAUGCAUUUUUAGCUUGUACCCAGGGUGUUAUAAAAGAUUUCAAGAGACAGGGAUUGGGCAAGGCUAUGUUCAGUGGCGAGGGUCUCUGGGUUUAUAAGAUCAGUGGUGUAGGGUUGUUGUGGGUUUCGAGUUUCGGUGCCAUCAUUCAUAAAACACUUGUAGAGGGGGAGAAGUACAUCGUGGAUAAUGGACACCUGAUUGCCUGGAACUGCAAGUACGUAAUGGAGCGUGUUGCCUCUGGAGGUAUCAUCUCAGGCAUUGCUUCAGCAGAGGGUUUGGUUUGUAAAUUCACUGGUCCUGGAACGGUCUACAUGCAAACCCGGAACUCGAGGGCGUUUGCUGCUUUCAUGGGUGGGCAGCAGUAUCAGGGAUAAUUGUUUCGUGAAACCAUGAAGAGCAUGUUAAAGCGAGUGCUUACCUAUUAUUUGUGUAGUGUUUAUUCUUCUUGGGCUAUUCUGGGCUUUCAUUUCACUGGGUUGCUGGCCAUCUCUGGAUACCUCUAAUUACCUAGGUACCUAUCUAAGCACUUUGCCUGGUUCCGCUCACAAGCACGUGUCUAAGGUAUCAGAGUUUCCCAUAUGUUGCGAUUUCUACUUUGGUACAAAGCCUUUGUACCUUUCUGCCCGUGCCGGUGCUCGAUGCUCCAUCCUUCUUGAAUCAGUUCUGUCACCCAGUUGAAUUUUAAGU